UGUAAUCAUUAUUAUUUAAUUUUGACACUGAAAUGACUUAGUUAUCAACUAAUGUUAAAUAAAUACUUUAUAUGCAAAAUGUUUUAUAAAUAUUUGUUUUAUUUUCUAUUAGUGUUUUCAGCAAUAAUUAUAUUGAUCUCUGCUAAAGGGGAACUGGAGAUAGAUCCCGGCGACUGGCAGGUCAUCGGUAAAGGAUGGGCUCAACAGGACUAUAUCGAUGAGAUUAAUGGAUUGAAACGACAAUAUUUUUAUGAUAACAAUAAUGCCAAACAUCAAUAUGAUAUCACUAUCACAGAAGCAUUCAUAGAUAAUAAUAAACAAAAAGACCCGGAACAAUUAAUUCGAGUAUCAUUUAAAUUUUGGUGUUGGUACGAGAGUGGUAAUAUAGAUUCAAUUGAUGUAAUCUAUGGACCCGAUCAAAAACUGUUGUUUGAUAAAAUUAAAUAUCGCUAUUGUCAAACUGACCUAGACAAAUUGGAAUGGCAUUCAUUGUAUUAUAUAGUUUCACAAAAGGAUCUUAAUAAAUUUAAAAUAGAAACCAAUUUCAAAGUUCAAAUGAAACGUUUUAUAGCUUUUAAAGAUUUUGAAAUUACAUAUGAGAUAAAAGAAAAACAAACUUCUGUAUACAAUAUUAAAACUAAUAGAAAUUUAAUGACAAACACAACAACAAUAACAACAACAAAAUCCAAUAUAACUAAAAACAAUGUUAACAAUUUAGAGGAUGAAAUAGAUAUAGUUUAUAAUAAUUGGGCAAAAAUUAAGCCACGUGUUGACCCUGGUCAUAUUAUUUAUUUCACACCCAAAUGUAACAAUUACUGUACAGUAAGACUAUUGAAUGAUAAAUCAAUUAAAACGGCUAAAAUUUCAAUGAGUUAUUACUUUGAGGAAAAGGGAUCAAUUGAAAUAAAUGGAUGGACUGAUAAAAUCAAUGUUCAAACAUCUCAAUGGAUACAUAUUGAUGGCCAAAUUGAUUUGAAUGAAAAAUCAUUUGAAAUUAAGGUUAAACCGUCACUAAUAGACGGCAAGUCUUUUGCACAAAUUAUGAAUAUUAAAUUAACCAAUAUUGAGUACAUUACAGGAGUGUCGGAAACAGAAAUUGAUUGUAUGAUAAAUAAUAAUAAAUGUAAAAUUAGUGAAAAUAGUUUCUGGAUUGAUAUAACUAAAGUACCGAUUGAUAGUGAAUCUAAAUAUUAUUAUAUGCCAUACAAUACGGAUAACUCAAUUGUUAUCAAUCAAAAUAAAGACGAUUUAAAUGAAAAAGAUUAUUGUCUUGAAUUCGGUUAUCUAUUGACCGAAAAAAUUGAUGUCGAAAUAUAUGUAAAUUAUAACGUAUGGGACGUUAAAAAUAAAGAUGAAUUUACCAUGAUCAAACCAAUUUAUAACAAUUGGCACUCAAGUAGUAUUUGUUUGCGUGAUUUAAUAGCUGUUAAGGCAAAUAUGUUUAACUUUACAAUUAGUGUCAAUCAUAUGUCUGUUAAUGAGAUUAUAUUUUUACGUAAUAUUAAUGUAAAACCUAAUAAUGAGCCUAAAGUAAUUGAAUCAAUCAAUUAUUUAACUAAUGUUAAUGAAUGGAAACAAAUUGUACAUGAUAAAUCAGAGUUACUUAAUAUUACUUAUAUUGACAAUAAAUAUGAAUUCACAGGUAAAGUGAUGAACAAAUUACAUCAAAACGCCUAUUUAAGCAGUGAUUGGUUUAAAUAUCAUAAAGAACUUAAUAUUAAACCACUUGAAUAUUGGGUAACAGUUACAGAUGAGAAAACAUUUAACUAUUUUACAAUCAGACCCAAAGUGUGCGACUGGUUGUCCCAUUGCGAGGACGUUAUUGUCAAAUAUGAUACUACAAGUCAGCAAACAAAACAAAAAUAUACCUAUCAAUUGCGCAAUAGAACCGCAGAUGAAUCCAAUUUGUUUAUCAGAUUAAUGUAUUAUAUAGAGUACUAUAAACCACAAUAUAUUAUAGAAGAUACACAAGUGGAUGAUGUUAUGUUUACAAUUGAAAACAUACAUUUAGGACAACCUAUUAAAGAAUGCAAUGAUAUAGGAACUGACAAAAUUAAACAACAAAUAUUAUUAUUGCCAAAUGAUAACACUAUGUGCUAUUGUAAAGAAAAUUGGAUGGGAGAUAAAUGCGAUACAUUUGAUAAAUGCUAUGAAAUUAUUGGCACAAAAGAUCAAACAGUUAAAGAUGAGUGUGAAAACAGUGGCGGAGUUUGUGUUUCUGAUGGCAAAAAUGAUUACAAGUGUGUCUGCGCUAAAUCAAAUCAACAAAAAAAAUGUACAGAUCAUAAAUUUAAUAAUAAUUCAAAAAAUUGGAAUAUUGAGAACACAUCUAAAAUGUUUCCGACAUCUAAAACUGAUAAUCUAUUGAUACUUGAUUUUGAUAUCGAAAAUAUCAACAAUUAUGACAUACAACUUACCAUAAAUUACAUAAACAAACUACCGGUAAAUGAUAUGAAAAUGACAAUAGCAUACCGUUCCCAUGAUGGUACAGGCAAACCGGUUUAUAUAUUACAAAAUGAACCGAUUGGCAUAAAAAGUGACAGUAAAUCUGAAAAUCCAAUUAAAAUUGAGUUAAAUAAUUUUGUGGAAAAAUUAACGAAAACAUUUAAAAUUGAAUUGAAUUCAACAUGGUUGGAUGGAGAAAUUGAGAAUGAUAAUUUUUAUUUAAAAAACUUUAGUAUUAAGAUAACUAAGAAAAUAGAUAAUAGUCUAACAUUUUUAAAACAUUGGAGUUUAUGGAGUAAUCCACCAAAUGAUAAUCCAGUGUUUCAACAAAAUUGGUUUACCAAUAGUUUUGUUGAACAACAUGAUAAAAAAGAACCGUUAAGUUAUAAAUAUACAGGCACAGCAACGAAAACAUGGAGCACAGUUAUGUUGUCGAGUCCAUGGAUUAAAAAUGGAGAUUUUUCAAAAACAAAAAACUCAUACAAUCUUAAUAUAAUUAAACAUAAUAAAGACAAAGUGGAUCUUAAGAUUAAUCAACAUUAUGUUUACCAAACCAAUGAUUUAACAGUUAUUGAUGUGACAAAAAAUAUUGAACUUAAAGAUCAAACUAUUGUUGAUAUUAAUAUACCCAAUGAUAACAUACAAUACGAAAGUUUUAGACUUUACUUUGAAGUCACUUACAAAUUGAUUACAGCUGUAAAUAAUAAAGAUAACGAAGAAGAUCUAAAAGUUGAAUUGAAUAUCGAGAAACUUAGUUUAGGUGACGGCUGUAUAAAUCAAAAUACUGAUACUUUGCGUGAUUGCAACGGUGGCAUAUGUGACAACACUGGUCCCGGCAGUUAUCAAUGUAAAUGUAUCAUUGGUUUUGGUGGCAUUGAUUGUCAAAUUGAUACUUGUAACAAAGAUGAACUAGGAAUAAAACGUUAUGAUUAUUGCAAACGAUUUGCUGCAAAACUCGGAACUGAUUCUAAAUGUAUACCAAUUAGUGAUUCCAAUGGUUUUCAAUGUGAAUGUUUGACCAAUGAAUUUGUAUGGUUUGCAACCAAUAAAAGAUGUUCUCGACUGGCCUAUGAAACGCACCGGCAGUCAUGUCAAACAAAAAACUGUGAUGUAUUAACAAUGGAUAAUAAAAAUAUUAGAUUAUCUCACCCGGAAUUACCACAACUAAAUCACGCAUACGAUGAACAAAAUCCAUAUUAUUUUACUGAUAAAACCAAUGAUAUACUUAAAUUCAAAAUUACCGGAUUAAAAGAUACUGACGAUAAAUGUUUUAGAUUUAAAUAUAUGUUAAAUAAAAACUCAAAACUAGGCAUAGCUUACGAAUCUAUGAAAACUCUAGACCUAAUUGAUACAGUCAUUGAUAACAAUGCUCAAUGGUUUCCACAAACAGGAUUGGGUCAACGUAUAUGUGCUAAUCAGUUAAGCCAUAGUUUAGCAGAAAAUUUUGCCAUUAAUUUUAAGGCUUAUUUACCCGAUAAUGGAUUAGUGGUCAUACAGAAAGCCGAAGAGACAGAUCCAGAUCCGCAACGUUUAAGUGAAAAAAUUCACUAUUUGUCCCAUUGGAACAAUACUUCAGAUUUUAAUAAAUAUUGGUCAUUGAAUAUACCGGAAAAAUUUAUUAUCUCUGGUGACAAUCAAUUUAAAUUUGAUAUUAACAAACAAGAUUCUCAUCAAAAAGUUUAUUUAUUAAGCAAUUGGAUUAAACGAUUCAGCGAUGACACGGCUCAGACAAUUAAAUUGAGAUUUAAAUAUCUAAAAAAUGAUAAAAAUAAAAACUACCAAGUUGACAUUUAUAGAUUCAAUGCUAACAUGGUAGCGGGUCAUAUCAAAAAAAUUGAACCACAUGCUGAACCACAAUCAGUAGACAUCGAUGUCGAUGACAAUUAUUUUAGAGUCGGAUUUGUAUUUGAUAACUAUACUGAUAUUAAUAGUAACAAUGAAAUUAUAUUGUCAUCAAUCGACCUGGGUGAUUCGUGUGUUAAUAAUUCAUUAAUAAGAUAUAAUUGCGAUAAAAGAGGUAUUUGUCAGCCAAAAUCAUCCACACAUUCACAAUGUAAUUGCUAUAAUGACUACGACGGCGAUAACUGCCAAUACGAUAAUAAUUGUAAUAUAGGGGUUAAAAUAAUUGGUCAAACAGAUGAAAUGAGUGGCACAGAUUAUUGUAAUAAACAUUGUAAAAAAUGUCACAAAGAUAAUUCAUGUAUUAAUUUGGGUAAACUCAAAAAAUCGGAUGAAAGACCAUUUAUGUGCAAUUGUACUGAAAAAGCAUUUUGGGAUUUAUAUAGUUUUGAUUGUAGAGAUAGUCCCAAAUGUUCAUCGGAUUUAUGCGAUUAUAAGAAAUCCUUUUGUGUGGACAAUGAAAUUGAUGGACCAAAAUGUAAACCACUUGAAGGUUAUAUUAAUAUAAUUAAAGAUGGAAAAGAUAAGAUUGAACCAAUAAAUCUAUGCAAUACUGAACACCGAUUGAAAUUGAAUUAUGAAAAAGAUCCCUGUGCUGACAAAAAUGCCGUAUGUGUUGCUUAUGGAUAUAAAAAGGAUGAAUAUUUAUGUAACUGUCCACAAAACUAUAAGAAAGAAAAAGUGACUGGUACUCCGGAACGGGAGGCAACGUGCAAGUCAAUUGUAUGCAUGUAUCCAACAUUAAACAAAUGUAGCCAACGGUGCAUAGAUCUAAAUGAGCCAAUUAGCGAUACAUUAGGCUAUAAGUGCGAGUGUGUGAACAAUGACUUAUAUGAAUUGGACAGUAGUGACAGAGUUACAUGUAAACUAAAAGAUGGUAAAACAUGUAAUGAAAAAUGUACAAAAGCUACCGAUGCUUUUUGUGACAAUGCCGGAAAUUGUCAGUGUAGAGAUGGUUAUAGAUUUGAUAUAGAUAAAUGUGUGCCUGAUGUGAAUCAUUUUAAACUACUGUGCCCGGAUGGCAAAGUUAAACCUAAUUCAUUUGAAUGCGAUUGCAGUGGUAUCUAUGAGAUCGAUGAAAACACAAAACUAUGUCGACUAAAGCCAAUUUGCGGAACUGGAGGAAUGGGUCGAAAGGAUUGUGACAACAAAGAAGCCGUUUGUGUCUAUAGAAAGGAUAAUGAAUAUGAAUGUGAAUGUCCUGAAGGAAGUGAUUGGAUUAAUAAUAAGGAAAAAUGUGUCUAUAAUUGCAAUAAAACUAUUAGCAAUACUAUGGAUACCUAUAAUUUCAAAUGUAAAUCUAUAGGUGCCGUAUGUAAUCCAAAUAAAGUUAAUGCCAAUGUUGUUGAUACUAAACAAUAUUGUGAAUGCAAUCCGGGAUAUGUAUGGAAUACUAAUGUCGAUCGAUGUGUUGUCAGUGUAUAUACGGCUACAUUUGAACUAACAUUUAAGCCGUUGGACGUGCAAAAGGAACUGGAGAUUAACAAGAAUACACUGACCAGUGGACAGUUUGAUGACAAAUAUAAUUAUGAUACCAAAGGCUUGAAUGCGGAUAUUUUAUCCGCUGUUAAACUCAACGAUCAGAUAUACGAUACUCAAUACACAAAGCUCUGGAAGUUUAAAUUUAAUCGAUAUUUAUUGAGACAAGUGGUGGAUAUCCUACUAAAUGCCGAUUAUAUUCAAAAUACUAAUGAACGAGAACUUAAUGAUUUUGUUGGCAUUAAAUUGUGUCAACCAAUUACAGGUGAGAAGGAAUACCGGUGUGAGAUAACUGUAACACUUGACAAACCUCUUUCAAUGUACGGCAAACUUGGAGAUAAGGCUUCAAAAUUUUGCUACCCGUCCGCCAACUCUGAUACCAAUGAAUGCUAUUAUAUUAAUAUUAUUGAAGACAUGAUUAAUAAGCAAAUUGUUUCCUCUAAUAUACAUAAACCUGAGCAAAUGUUUUCACUAGCAUUUAAUCCAGAUCAAUUUAAACAAAUCGGUGCCAAUAAAUAUAAGCCAUGUAAUGAUGAAACCAAAAAUCUUUGCGAUAAUUACUCUGAUUGUCAUCCGAUUGACGAAAUCGAUAGCUCAUUGUAUAAUUGCAAGUGUAAUGUCAAAUAUUUUGUCAUCAAUGAAAGCAAAGUCAUAGAACAUAAUACAGUUCCUAAUUAUCUUAAGAGUGGGGUACAGGAAAAAUGUUCAGUAAGAGCUGAUUUAUGUGACAAGGGUUGUCCCACUGAACAUAGAGAAUGUUUUCAGAAACUACCCAAUCAAGUGGAUGGCCACUGGGAGGCGCCCAUUGUGUGUAAUUGUUCGACAAAUUAUAAGUUCAAUCAUGAUCAAACACAAUGUGUUGACGUUUGCAAACAUAAUGAGUGCGGAAAUCACGGCAAAUGUAAACACAAGGGUAGGAAUGGUUUUUCGUGUCUAUGCGAUAACGGCUGGAACGGUGACAAAUGCAAUAAUGAGUUUGAGCCGGCACUGGGAGGUUGGAUUGCAGGCAUUGUUGUGUUGGCCGUACUAAGUGCUGUGCUUAUAGGAGUCGCCGCUUUUUUCUUUUGUCGAUCAAAAAAAGCUAAAAAGCACCAUGGUGAAAAUAACAACAACAACAAUCAACACUUAAAUGAAUACAUACCACAGUCAUAUAGAGGUGGCAAUAAUAAUCAAGCAUUUAACAGAGAUUAA